AUGGCAUCUAAAGUAUUCUCAUUCUCAAGGCGCUGUCUUUCACGCUCGCCAAUUAACCAAAAAACCCCUUGUGUACAGCACAUUCCAUCCGUUCGCCAGGAAUACUCUAUCUCACACAAGCUGAACAGGUCGACCACCGAGUUAUCCGAAGAGCAGGUGUCUACUCUGAAAAUCGACCGAGAUCGACUCGCCACGGACUUGCACCAUUCCUGUCAAUGGGGGCCUGGCAUUCGUUGGGGACAAAACCCCACAGAUACAGGCAUGCAGCGUCUCACCCUGUCCGAAGAGGACAAACAUGUUCGCGACUGGUUUGUGCAGACCAUGUCCGGCCUGGGCUGCAACAUCACCAUUGACCAGCUCGGAAACAUCUUCGCGGUGCGCCCUGGUAGAAGAGCCAACGUUCCGGCCACGUUCAUUGGGAGCCAUCUUGAUACACAGCCGACGGGCGGUCGAUAUGACGGCAUCCUCGGUGUUCUUGCCGGAGUCGAGGCUGUCAAAACAAUGGUUGAUCUGGGCCUGGAGACCGAGGGUGGUAUUGGUGUAGUCAAUUGGACUAAUGAGGAAGGAGCUCGAUUCCCCAUCAGCAUGAUGAGUUCUGGAGUCUGGGCAGGGAAAAUUUCUCUCGAGCAUGCGUAUAACCUCAAGGAGGUGCCCACCGUCGCGAGUCUUCCUACUGCUGCAUCAGCCCCAGAAACGGUCAAAACCGCCCUUGACAAGAUUGGCUACUGUGGCCCAACACCAUGCUCGCACGAGGCCACGCUCAUGGCUGCUCAUUUCGAGCUGCAUAUUGAGCAAGGCCCGCAUCUUGUCUCAGCCGGCCAACGCAUCGGCGUCGUGACCGCCGUCCAGGCAUACAGAUGGUAUAAACUGCAAGUCACCGGACGCGAUUGUCACACGGGCACCACUGCUUUCCAGCACCGCGCCGAUGCCAUGUACGCCUCGGCCAGAAUGAUGGUCAAAGCACGAGAAGUCGCUUCGGCCCACGGGUGUCUGGCGAGCGUUGGCAUCGUCGACGCACGUCCGGGAAGUGUCAAUACUGUGCCUGGACUGGUGAGCUUCAGCCUCGAUAUCCGCGGGCCCGAAACUGCGGAUGUCGAAGUUGUCGUUCGCCAAUUGCAGCAAGACUUUGACGCCAUCGCGGCCGACGAAGGGAAGGAAAUCGGCAAACCCUGCCGUGUUGAAUGGCAGCUCGAUUUUGACUCUCCGGCAGUCAAUUUCCACGAGGAUUGCAUAUCGUGCGUUCAACAAUCGGCCGAAGCGGUUUGCGCGCAGGAUGUCGGUGUGACAGACUCUAAAUCGUUGGUUAGAACAAUCAUGAGCGGCGCGGGCCAUGAUAGUGUCUUUACUUCCAAGGUGGUGCCCACGAGCAUGAUCUUUGUUCCCUGCAAGGAUGGUGUCAGCCAUCAUCCGGAAGAGUUCACAUCAGCGGACGACUGUGCAACUGGUGCAUCAGUGUUACUCCAAGCCGUUGUUCGAUAUGACCGGCAAAGAUUUCAGUCUUAG